AUGGUCCAGGUAUUGGAGAAGAGCCGCAUCAAGACCAUCGCCGACGUCAAGAGGGUCAGCCGCGAGAUCAAGAUCCUGAAAAGGGUGAGACAUCCAAACGUCAUCGCCCUCUACGAGGUCAUGGACACCCCAUCAACGAUCUACUUCAUGAUGGAGCACUGUGACGGAGGAGAGUUGUUCGACUACAUCGUACGGCAUCAACGGCUUCAGGAGGGGCAGGCGUGCUUCUUCUUUAGGCAGCUGGGAGGGAAACUUCUACAGACGGCGUGCGGGUCGCCGUGCUACGCAGCGCCGGAGAUGAUCGCGGGCGAGAGAUAUCAAGGACCGGCAGCGGACAUCUGGAGCUGCGGCGUGGUCCUCUUCACGCUAGUGGCGGGGUUCCUGCCUUUUGAGGACCCCAACACUUCCGCGCUGUACAAGAAGAUUUUGUCGGGAUCCUACGAGAAGCCGAACUGGCUGUCGGAAGUUGAGAAAGAAGUCACCUCUGUGCCGAUCAAAACGAAAGGUGCGAAGCACCUGUUGGCCCUAAUUCUUAACACCGACCCGACGAAGCGCGCGACCGUCUCCGUAAUAAGGCGGGACCAGUGGUACGUCGGGGCCCACCCCCCGGCGGCGAAGCCAAAGGCGACCCCUUUUCCGGUCGUGCCGUGUCGCCGGUCCCAUAUCGAUGACAAGCUCCUGUCCCGUGCGAUAACGCUAGCGGGGGGCGGCGGACGGCCAGGGGGUGGCGGGGGUGACAAGGGCGAGCCUACGGCGACGGCGGUGGAGGGAGCAGCAGCGGGUCUGCUGAGCGGCCGUCACGACCCCGUCGGCACGGCGUACUACCUCCUCCUCAAGAGGAGCGGCGGGGGAGUUGGGACACACAGGGCGGCAGCAUCCACCGUCAGCCGCGUCGGGAGCUGCAGCGGGGGUGGACAAGCCGCCGGUGACAAGUGCUAUUCAUGCGCCGACGCCGCGAGGAAUCCAGGGAAACCCUUCAUACUCUUCGUCGACGUCGAGCUCGAGGUCGGGACAGCAGCAGCACCAGCAGUCGUUGAGUGCGGCUGGUCGGCGAAAUUCUUCGACCGGUGCAGUGGGGGCGGGAUCGUCCGGGUGCCACUGCAGGCGCCGGUGCUUGUAUCGAGAACCACUCGAUCGGUUAGAGCAGCAACCGUGGGGGCGGCGGCGGCGGCAAGGGCGCGGGUCCAAACGCAACAAGAGGCAGGGGCAGCAGGCGGAGGAGGAAGAAAGCAAGCCGCUGCCAAGAAAGACGGCGAUGAGACAAGGGUUACAGCGCUGGUGGAGAGGCAUCCCAGAAACAGCGGGGGGUGGGGGGCCGCGAGCGGGGAGGGGCAUCAGGGCGUCGGGCAGCCUGGGCAAAAGAUGACACCGCGGAGACCAGUUCCCAGGCUCUCCUUCGGAGGAAUAUCCCGAACCGCGGCCGCAGAAAACAUCGGCGGAGGCGGCGAGGGGGGGAAAGGCACAACCCGACCUUUGCCUUCGGCGACAGUUUUCACGAGCCAAACGGCAAGAGCACAUAGCGGGGGAGAUAACCAGGUGAGCCAGCAGGGGGCGCCGGCGGAUCAUUCCGCGAGGAACCAGCCGCGCGGCGGCGGAGUCGGCAGCGACGCCCCCGCCGAUCACCCACGCGACCCCCGCCGAGAGAGCAACCGCAGCAGCAGCAGCAGCAGCACAAGCGGGAGUAGCGCCGGCGGCUGGAAGACGGCCGUGGCGGGAGGAGGAGGAGGAGGAGGAGGAGGAGGAGGGGGAGUUGGAGGGGGAGGGGGAGGGGGAGGAGGUGCGCUCCCCCGCCGUCCGCUCACAGCCCGGUCUCCACUCCGAUCUUCGGCACCAACCCCUCGCCUGUCUAGCGACUUCAGCCUCGCUCGCCCGCGGGGGUCGCCGGUCACCGCCGCCGCCGGCACCGGCGGUCGAAGCAUAUCCAGCGCGGGGCCCUCCCCAAGAGCGGCGGUGGGGAGAGUAUCAUCUGGGGUUGAAGUCGGGCGAGCACCCCUGAGGGCAUCGCUCGUGCCGUCGGCGGCGGUAGCGGAUUCGGCGACGGCGAGAGCAUCGUCGGUCCCGGCAGGAGGAGCGAGGCCGUCGCCGGCUCCGGGCGUAGACUCAGCCCCGGCGACGGCGGCGACCUCGCCGGUGCUGUCGGUCUCCACGAACAGAUCGACGGCGAGGCAGCAGCCUUCUCUGCGGGUACGGCUGCGAAACAUCUCCUCCAAGCCGGGGGUUUCAACGCAAAGGCGGCUGGACCGUCCGGAGAGGACGGAAGAAGCAGGCGGUUCUGGGGUCACGGCUACCGUACGCGGGGAAGUGAGAAAAAGCGCGGCCGGUUCCUCGUUCCGCCCCGCGCCGCACUGCGUUCCCUUUUCUUCGGCGUCCGCGGGGACCGCUGCUGCCUUGGCGCCGACCGGCGGGGCGGGGGCGGGGGAAGGGGCGCGGGAUUUCUGGGGAAAGCGUGCUUCCGCAACGCUUGAAGCCGAUGGUGCCAGCGGUGGUUGUGUCGGCGUUGGUGGCCGCAAUAACGUUCGCGUUUCGUCGCCAGGCGGCCCAACCUUCAGAGCGCCGCCGCACGCGUCAACCUCCGCGGCAAAGUGCUGCUAA